AGGUUCCAAGUCAGCAAGCAAUAACUUCCUUUCAUUCUAACGGUGUCGGUGAUUCAUUCACCUUUCUCAUUUCCCAUUCCCAAAACACAAAAACUCAUUCACAUUUUUUUCUUCAAUCAAUUGCUCAUUUAAAACCAAAUCCACCGCAUCAUGGCGGCGUCACGGCGGCUCCGUGAACUUCAAUCCGAACCCUCAAACAAGAUCUGCGUCGACUGUUCCCAAAAAAAUCCACAAUGGGCCUCCGUUUCCUACGGCGUUUUCAUGUGUCUCGAAUGCUCCGGCAAACACCGUGGCCUCGGCGUUCACAUCUCUUUCGUCCGAUCCGUUACAAUGGAUUCAUGGUCUGAUCUCCAGAUCAAGAAAAUGGAAGCCGGUGGUAACCGCAAUCUCAACACGUUCCUUUCUCAAUACGGAAUCUCUAAGGAAACUGAUAUCAUCACCAAGUAUAAUUCAAACGCUGCUUCGAUCUACCGCGACCGCAUUCAAGCUAUCGCAGAAGGUCGUUCGUGGCGCGAUCCACCUGUUGUUAAGGAGAAUGCUAGUACUCGUGCUGGAAAAGGAAAGCCACCUCUGGCUGCUGCGUCGAAUGGUGGUGGUUGGGAUGAUAAUUGGGAUAAUGAUGAUGGUGAUAGUUAUGGUUAUGGAUCGCGUGGUGGUGGUGAUAUUAGGAGGAAUCAGAGUACCGGUGAUGUAAUUGGAUUUGUUGGAAAUGGUGUUACACCGUCAUCGAGGUCGAAAUCUACUGAGGAUAUUUACACGAGGACACAAUUGGAGGCUUCUGCUGCGAAUAAGGAAGGUUUUUUCGCGAAGAAGAUGGCGGAGAAUGAAUCGAGACCGGAGGGGCUUCCUCCGUCGCAAGGUGGGAAGUAUGUUGGAUUUGGAUCUAGUCCUGGGCCUGCUCAGAGGAUUUCUCCUCAGAAUGAUUAUUUGUCUGUUGUUUCUGAGGGAAUUGGUAAAUUGUCGAUGGUUGCUCAAUCUGCUACUAAAGAGAUCACUGCCAAGGUAAAGGACGGUGGUUAUGAUCACAAGGUCAAUGAAACUGUCAAUAUUGUCACUCAGAAGACAUCAGAGAUUGGACAAAGGACAUGGGGUAUAAUGAAAGGGGUCAUGGCGUUGGCCUCUCAAAAGGUUGAGGAGUUCACCAAAGAUUACCCGGAUGGGAAUUCUGAUAACUGGCCACGAAAUGAAAAUGAUAGACAUGAUUUCAAUCAAGAGAAUAAAGGCUGGAAUUCUUCUACUUCCACCAGAGAAGGACAACCUUCAUCAGGUGGACAAACUAACACCUAUCACUCAAACUCCUGGGAUGAUUGGGACAACCAAGAUACAAGGAAGGAAGUACCAGCUAAAGGAUCAGCUCCACAUAAUAAUGAUGAUUGGGCUGGUUGGGAUGAUGCCAAAGAUGAUGAUGAUGAAUUUGAUGAUAAAUCUUUUGGUAAUAAUGGGACGUCAGGUUCUGGCUGGACAGGAGGAGGCUUUCACUAAGGGUUGGCCCUACCUUUUUUCAGUGUCAAAUUUUUGUCGAAAUUGACAAAAAUAUGGUUUCAGAUUGGUGGCAUACAUGUCAAGCAGGGUUGGCAUUUCACAUGAAGAAUGCAACCAGACUGUCAACUAUAGUUUUGUUAGCCACUAGUAAAAUCAGCCUCCAUAUGUGCAGGAAGAAUUGAUUCUUUGAGAUUUUUGUAUUGUCUGUAAGUCUUUUUUUAAUCGUCCCCCAUUCUUCCUUCCCUAAUGUAAUAUUUUUUUUGCUGUCAUUUUUUGGGAUCUUCUGUAUGGUUGGAAACAAAGAUUUCCAUUAAAAGUUUCAAAGCAAAGGGGCACAUUGCCCAAUUUUACUAUUACCAGACGUGUGAUGAAACAUUAUUGUGACAUGAAAAAUUAAUGAUUGUUUUGAAUCUACAGCUUUGCCUUAUUUGUA